AUGGGGCAGAGUCCGAGCUCUGUUCGUAAUAGGAGCAAUAGAUCGUUCCGUGGAUUCAUAAGACGUUCGAAAAUCAACAAAUCGAGUUUGAGCCAUACCUUUAGCUUGCCUCCAUCUGUGGAGUAUCCUGAACUGAUGAAUGUGAACACUGCCACUGAGGAGCAGCUAAUGACCCUGCCCGGGGUGUCCAGGCAGGUUGCGCGGGAAAUUGUGCGCUAUCGUCAGGUGAUCGGAAGAUUCAAACGAGUGGACGACCUUGCAUUAGUCUCAGGUAUUGGUGCUGAAAAGUUAGAACUGUUGAGACCCGAGAUAUGUACAAGUAUAAGACGGCAGAUAUCAAGAGCCAGCUCUUGUACAUAUUCAUUAGAUAGUUGUAGAUCAUCUUCAGAAAAUAAAUUAUGUUCGGUAAAUUCAUCCAGUGUCUUUCAAUUGCAAUGCAUUCCUGGUUUGAACCAAGAAAUAGCGGCGAACAUUGUCGAUUACAGAGUGAAGAAGGGUCCAUUUAAAUCACUCGAUGACUUAAUAAAAGUCAGGGGGAUGGAUAUAGUUAGACUGAGCACUAUUAAGCCUUAUUUGAGCUUAGAACUGAGCAAGAGCGAGAGUUUGCCUAAUGGUGUAAGUAAUGGUCACAUAAAUGGGUGGACAGAUCUGUCCUUGAAUGAAUCAGUUCUGAGUAGUGAACCUAAAACUCCACAAACACCUUAUAACAAGAGUUUAUCUAUAACUACAAAGCUACCGAUAACAUUGCCAAACGGUUUUGCAACUGCCCCAGUCAAUGACAUAUUGGAUUUGCUGUCUGCUUACUCUCAUAGACCUAUUGUUGAGGAGGUUUUCAUGUAUGAAAGAGAUGGGUCAAGGUGUUGCCGACUCUGUUCUUGGAAUCUUCAUCAGCUCAGCGUAGAUAAAGUAACGAACCCUGGUGUGAGAGAGGUCAUAUGCAGGACUAUUUUGGAAUAUAAGUUGUCAGUAAUAGCCAUUCAAGAUGUACUUGAGAAGAGGGCUCUACAGAUGAUCUGCGAUGAACUUAAUUUCCCCGCUCUAAGGAGAGUGAGAGAGUGGAGGUGUAACAGUCACACUUGGGAAUACUGUUACUCGAAAAAUGUUAACGGGAAGAUCCUAGGCUUCAUAUACGAACGUUCGAACAAGCACAUCUCUGUCGAGGAGGUGGGUCUCGACCAGGUACACCUGCUGACCGAGCAGAACGUGAGGCGGUUGCUCGAGGAGCUCACAACCUUCCAGAAACACACAGAACACGUGGCUAUAGCACCGCAAGCGUUCCUUCUAUGCGACCGUCCGGUUAUAAUAGUGAACGUUCAAUGCGAGGAUCGCUUGAGCGAAGAGGAUGGCGCCAAGCUGAAGGAGAUAGCUGACCUCGCGCUCGCCAGCAGGCUGCAGCUGGCUUUCUUCGGCGAGUUCGUGAGAUGGGAGAACGUUAAAUCGUUACAGAACUGCGAAUCGCUACUGGACCAAGAAACCGUAACUUGCAUGGACCUUAACCUGACAGGGCAGAGCGUCGUUUUGUGCCCAGGGACCAUCGACAAUAGCCACUUUAAUGGACAUUCUGGGGUUAUCAAGUCUGGUCUAUCUCACCUGGCUAUACCUCGAGGAUGGUCAUGGGGAGGACCGGCGUCCCCAUUUUACCCCAUCUGGGUCGAACUAAAAGUUCCCGAUUGACAAGAAAUGACAAUCCUAAUUAGAAACGAUCCAUUCAUUUACUGUGCAACGACAGCUCUAAUACUGUUGCUUCAAUUUCUCUUAUUCCAUUGGCUAUUUUAGAGUGGCCAUGUUUACCAAAUGUCACUUUUGCCGCCAAUUCCUGACGUUGUCUUUUUCGAACCCGUUUUAUGAUUUUUUAUUUAUUCGCCGUAAGUAUAGAUAACGAAAAAAUAUAU